UCGGGCGGGCGCCGACAAUGAGCCUCCAUAAAAGGGAGCGGCGGGGACCUGGGGCCCCGGAUUGAGCCCUCCCCGCCCGGGGUCCCGACGCGCUCGGUCUCGGGGAGGCCCGGACGCGUCCGUCGCAGGGCGGGCGGUGAGCGGCGGGCGGCGGGGAGGGGGCUGCGCGGAGCGGGAGGCGGCCCCUGGCUGCGCGCCCGGCCUCCGGCGUCCGGUCACCGCGAUUCCCACCCCCUCCCGGCCGCACCAUGGCCCUGAAGGCCGAGGGCGCCGCGCUCGACUGCUUCGAGGUGACGCUCAAAUGCGAGGAAGGGGAGGACGAGGAGGAGGCCAUGGUGGUGGCCGUAAUUCCGCGGCCCGAGCCGAUGCUCAGAGUGGCCCAGCAGGAAAAGACCCCACCACCUAGGCCCAACCUGCUGGAGGCGGGCGGCGACGGCUGUGAGGAGCCCAGGCAGCAGGUGUCUUGGGAACAGGAGUUCCUGGUGGGAAACAGCCCAGGAGGCAGCGGGCGGGCACUGUGCAUGGUGUGUGGGGCCGAGAUCCGGUCCCCCUCCGCGGACACGGCGCGCAUGCACAUUCUGGAGCAGCACCCUCACACCCUGGACCUGAGCCCUUCGGAGAAGAGCAACAUCCUGGAGGCCUGGAGUGAGGGGGUGGCCCUUUUGCAAGACGUCAGAGCUGAGCAGCCUUCUUCACCCACCUCAGACUUGGGCCAGGAUGUCGAAGCUGACCCAGACUCUGACCCAGACCCUGCCAAAAUGCCAGCAGAGAUUGUCGUCCUCCUGGACUCUGAGGACAACCCAUCUCUCCCAAAAAGGAGCCGGCCCAGGGGACUCCGCCCCCUCGAGUUUCCUGCUGCCCCCGCCUCAGAGCCAGGACACAAGAAGCCCCGUGGUCAGAGAUGGAAGGAGCCUCCUGGGGAAGAGCCAGUUAGAAAGAAAAGAGGCAGACCCCUGACCAAAAACUUGGACCUGGACCCAGACCCUGACCCAGACCCCCCAUCACCCGACUCCCCCACGGAGGCUUUUGCGGCUCCCGCUGAGGUCCGGCACUUCACCGAUGGCAGCUUCCCCCCUGGCUUCGUCCUCCAGCUCUUCUCCCACACCCAGCUCAGGGCCUCAGACAGCAAGGACUCACCCAAAGACGGGAGAGCUGCUGAGGGGGGCCUUCCCCAGCCGGAAAGCCCCUCUCCAGCUCCCCCUCCGGGACUUCGCGGGACACUGGAUCUCCAGGUUAUCCGUGUACGGAUGGAGGAGCCCCCGGCAGUCAGCCUCCUGCAAGACUGGUCCAAGCACCCCCAGGGCGCCAAGGGUGUGGGCGCAGGUGACACCCCAAACUGGCCUACGGUUCUGUCGGAAUCCAGCACCGCUGUCGGGGGGCAGCCAGAGGCAGGGAGUGGUGUAUAGGUUCUUGCUUUCCUGGGGAGGGGGGGAGGGAAGAGGCAGGGUCCCCCUUUGGCUUAUCACUCAGAGCUGCCCAGCUCGGCCACCUGAUGGAGAGAGUAAAACUGGGUGCCAAGGCAGGCUGGAGGACAGGAAGGGGGGGUGGGCAGCAUCCACUGUCACUCGGGGGCAUUGGCAGACGCUCCCGGCAAGGCAUGGGGCCGGGCCCUGAGAUGGGCAGGCUGGCCUGAGGGCAGUCGUGCGGUAGGGCAUUGGGCCUGUGGAGAACACCUACCCCAAUCCUUUUGCUGACCCAGACCUCUCCGUCCCUCCUCUCAGCCCCCACCAUUCUCCCUUGGCACAGUGCCUUACACAAGAGGUGGUCAUGAUGGGGUUUGAACUGAGUCCCACUACCUCGGGGGACGCCUCUCCUCCCCCACCUGUUCAGGCUCCUAAACCAGGAGGCCUCCAUUACCUCUUCCCGUUCCAUCCCUGCAGGAGGCCCAAGCAGCUCACCUGGGGGCUUUUGUUCACUCCCUUCUUUCACCUGUUUUCCUGUUGUAUAUAUCUCCUUUGUUGACAAUAAAUUAUUUUUUUUUAUUAAGAGA